AUGACGAAAAAGUGGUUGUCUCAAGUUCUUGAACUGGAGCAUGCCAGAAUUAACAGAUGCUACAAACCAAAAGGCUUUGGCGAAAUAACUUCGUGCCAAUUACAUUGCUUCUUCUCUGAUGCCAGCGAACUUGGCACAGGAAUAGCCAUCUACUUGCGACUACGAAAUCAAGACGGAGAGAUCUAUUGCACAUUUGUAUUAGGAAAGAGUAGAGUUGCCCCUCUUAAAGUAAUAACUAUUACUAGGAUGGAACUUACUGCCGCGAACGUAGCUGUCAAACUCGCCAAACUAGUGUCUGAACAGCUAGACAUGCAAAUAGACCGAAAUAUUUCUGGACUGACAGCACGUCAGUGUUGA